GACGAAGACGUCAACAGGCCGUGCGGGCGGCAGUCCAGCCUAGUCAGCGCAGCGGAUGCAACGCCCAGCCCAGCGCAGCCGAGUGAACUCCAAGACCCUCAGCCCCAGGUGCCUGCCCGCGGACCAUGCUGCGGACCCGUCUGCAGUGACCUCGAUAACCGUCUCCGCAGUCACCCAUCUCGCCCUGGUCGUGUUCGGCGCUGGGCGAGCGAGCCGCACCAGGACGGAGAGGUUAGGACUACGACGCCCCGCCCGACCAACAAGAACCAAAGUGUCAGAUAGCUCGACCCCGCGGUGGAAAGGAGAAGUCGCCGUGACGUCAGCGCCGCACAGCUGUGCUUGUCACGAGCUACUCCGCGCUGCAGAGACACUCCCUCUCCCGCUGCGGCGCUAUCCCGGCCGACCGACUGCCUCGCCUGCUGCCCUCCAGGCGCCUCUGCAGCUCCGCUCAGCAUGGACCUGGAGUGCGACAUCUGCACCGAGCGCUUCGACAGCGCCGAGCGGCUGCCCAAGGUCCUGCUGUGCGGGCACACGGCCUGCCUGCAGUGCCUGCGCCGGCUGCCCGACAGCAGCUGCCCGACGUGCCGCCGGAACUUCAACGGACCGCCGGAGGGACUCAUCACUAACUUCAUUUUGCUGAAGUCGGAGGGAGUCAGGCUGGACAGCAGUCCCCGCUGCUGGUGCUUGGACUGCCGCACCGCCCCGUCGCCCCGCUGCUGGGAUGAGGACCACGACGUCCUGCCCUUUAAGAGAGCCCUGCUGAGGCGCCAGCUGCAGGGCAAGGAACCCUUCAACAAGGCUCUGUGGCUGCUGCUGGCGGCGAUGGUCAGCCUCAUCGAGGCGCUGUAUCUGCUGUCGGAGGCGAUGUCCACGCUUUACGAGGUAUUACGAGAGCUGCUGUGUGCCUCCGUGUACUACACCCAGAGUGGUUGUGCAGGACCGAGCUGCUCCACGGACCCUACAACUCCUGCAGCUGCACCCACACCACCUGAAGCUACCCUUGCCGUCCUGGACUCACAACCUGCCGAGGCGCCGCCCCCGCGGGACGCGGCGGGGGUAAGCGGGGUGACCCGGCUGGUCAGUGUGCGGUGCGACGAGGACCCCGCCUGGAGCCUCCAGCUGCUGCAGCGCGCCGCGCCCACGCUGGAGCGGCUGAGUGUGUACCACCCCCGCGAGGCCCACCUGCGCGCGGUGCACGACAUGCCGCGGCUGAGGAGGCUGGCCGUGCAUUGUAAUAAUGCUGCCGCCCAACUCCCCCAGCUGCCCGCGCUACCGCCGGGACACGCCGGCCUGCAGUGGCUCAGGGUGUGUCUCCUCCCCCGCGCCACGACGCAGUCCCUGCUGCGGGCGCACGGCGGCACGCUGGAGGAGCUGGAGCUGGGGGUGGGCACUGCGGGGAGUGAUGAGUGGCCAAGGAGCUGCGGCGACCUGCACUCGCUGCUGCAGCAGACCGGGCUGCGGGCGCUCAGGAGGCUCGUGCUGCUGCGGAGGCGGGCCUACAGCCACGAGCCAGCCGCCUGCAGCCAGCAGCGCGCCGAGGUGCGGCGGGUGCUGCCCGGGGCCGAGGUGCUGUGCGGCAGGUGUGACCGUGUAAGGGAGGAAGAGGUCUAGGGGCGGCGGGCAGUGGGCGUGCCCCCGCCACCCAGUGGUAGCGAGAGGACCCCGAGCAGCAGGGCUGGCAGGGACACCGGGGCGUGUUCGGGUUCCUAGCGCACACAACCCUUCUCGCGACCCGCAAGCACGGCGGGACAAGGCACUGCAAGCGCGCUGACGUUAACCUAUGGCGUGCGGCCACGAGUGCAGCCCACUCUACUCUACGGGUGUGUUUCGUGUCGACUUUUCGACUCGGUUAGCAACACUGCUGCCGAACGGGCCGGGCCACGUGCUGGCGGACCACACUGCAGUCCACCACAGGCAGCGACGCCGCGUAUUCAAGUCAUUCAUCCAUGUACUGCGUCAUAAGAUAAAGAUCUACUUUUAACACAACGUGUAUAGCAUCAAGAAUAAAAUAAGUGAAACCUGCA